AUGAAUCACCAACACCAGCAACAAGUUGUGCCCAGUAACCUGAGUGCACAGAACCACCCCACUCCAAACCCACCCUCGGGGCUCAUGAGUGUGCCCAAUGCGCUGACCACUCAGCAGCAGCAGCAGCAGAAACUGCGACUUCAGAGGAUCCAGAUGGAGAGAGAGAGGAUCCGGAUGCGUCAAGAGGAGCUCAUGAGGCAGGAGGCUGCCCUCUGCAGACAGCUCCCCAUGGAAGAGACCAUGGCCUCUGUCAACCCGCCUGCUAUGACCACAGAUAUGAGGUCCAUCACCAACAAUAGCUCAGAUCCUUUCCUCAAUGGAGGGCCCUAUCAUUCAAGGGAGCAGAGCACGGACAGUGGCCUGGGCCUGGGGUGUUACAGCGUCCCCACAACUCCAGAAGACUUCCUCAGCAACAUGGAUGAGAUGGACACAGGAGAAAAUACGGCUCAGACACCCAUGGCCAUCAAUCCCCAGCAGACCCGCUUCCCUGAUUUCCUCGACUGCCUUCCAGGAACCAACGUUGACCUAGGGACUUUGGAGUCUGAAGAUCUGAUCCCUCUCUUCAAUGAUGUAGAGUCUGCUCUGAACAAAAGCGAGCCCUUUCUAACCUGGCUGUAAUCAUUAUCGUUGUCACGUGAUGCCGCUGCGACCUGACAUUUCCUGGGCCUCAUGGAACAAGAGACGGAGCCAAGCCGGUCUGCAGGUGCACGGCUCUCGGCCUCCAUACUCAACACUCCUUCUUGUCCAUGUGGCCAGCUAAUCAUGGCCUGCUUCUGAUUUACAAGAACUUAAGUUACACAUAAGUAAAUGUUCUCUUUUCAUCUUC